AUGCCCUCGUUCCAAGACACAACGCGCCAUGACGCCUCCCCCCCCGUCUCCAAAAACCCCAUCCUGGAAAGGACCCAGUCGCAAUGGCUGUUCACAGCUGAAGAACUCCUGCUAACUCCAAGUAUCCUGGAUGGAAUGUCUCUGACUCAAGAGCUGGCCAAUAGACAGAAAGGUGUCAAUUUCAUAACCCAGGUCGGCAUCAUGUUAAAGUUGCCGCAAUUGACCCUCGCUACGGCCGCUGUCUACCUGCAUCGUUUCUUCAUGCGCCAUGCCAUGGUUCAAAACAACAGACCCGGAUUCCACCACUACUCGGUCGCGGCCACUUCCAUAUUCUUGGCUACAAAGGUGGAAGAAAACUAUCGCAAGAUGAAGGAGCUGGUGGUCGCAUGUUGUCGGGUCGCCCAAAAGCAACCAAAUCUGGUGGUGGACGAACAAAGCAAAGAGUAUUGGAAAUGGCGAGACACGAUUCUGCACAACGAAGACCUGUUACUCGAGGCCUUGUGCUUCGACUUACAGCUCGAGCAGCCCUACCGUCUCCUCCUCGACUAUCUCCGGUAUUACGACGUCCAGGCAAACAAACAGCUGCGAAACACAUCGUGGGCUUUCUUGAAUGAUUCCCUUGUCACCACCAUGUGCCUCCAAUUGACGCCUUCGGCAAUUGCCGGGAGUGCCUUAUAUAUGGGGGUCAAGUUUGCAGGCAUCAGCCUUCCCGACGACGAGAGGGGCCGACCGUGGUGGGAGCAAUUGGGCAUCGAUCUCCAUGAUAUUCAAAAGGGCUGCAAUCUGAUGGCAGAUGUUUAUGAGAAUCCGACCUUACCCCGCCAAGGUCAAAAAGAUGCAUACACCAAAGACGAUGAUCUUGCAUUGUUUGAGCGAACCCGACAACCCGCCACACCGCAGCCUGACCUGUCGCCCGUCGACAGUGCAAAAAGUGAGAGUCAAGGUGCCAAACGUGACAGAGAUGUCGCCGACGAUCAAAACUCUGGGGAAUGGGGAUCAAGCAUGCCAGCACAGCGACCCACCGGCGAGGACCCGGCAGCACCUUCACCCAAGAGGAUUCGUCGAGAUUCACGGGAUGACAAUGUCAACCUUCCCCAAAGGAUGCUGGCCCGUCACCCUGCGGCCACUGCAGACGAUCGACCUGCUAACGAUUCCAGAGGCACCGGCGACGAUGUGCAGAGGAGAAUUGACGAGAUUGUAAAUGCGUCGUCUGGCAGAGUGCCGCAGUCUAGUCAGCACCGCCGGCCAUCAGUGCAACAUUCCCACCAUUCUCGGAGACAUUCCUCUGGAGGCUCCAAUUGGAAUGGCCCACCUUCGAGUUACAGCAAUGGCCACGCAGAACAAGCUCCAUCACAACAUCGACCGGAAAGUCGGGACAAUGGCAUGUAUACUCAACCCGAGAGCGGUGACCAUGCGAGAAUGCCAUCCCGGGUACCUCAGGUUUACCCGGCAGACGAGAGACCACCGCAGCCACCAAAGCCAGAACCGCCUUCGAAUGGCAUCAGCGACCUAGACGACGCCGAGAAGGUCGACUACGGCAGCGAAGAAGGCGAGCUGUAG